GCCAGAGCGCGCUGCUACGCCCAGUGUGCGCGUAACUGGUUACGUGAGUGCGCGCAGAACGCAGCAGGCAGCCACAAGAGGAAAAAGCCCUCAGAGAGUCAGACAGAGAGACAGUCGCAGUAAUGGCGAGGUUAAGCGAGCACGGGAUUCGCCUGAGUUCCAUGAGCCCUUCCUUCCUGAACAGUAACUCCACCAGUCACACCUGGCCGUUCAGCGCGGUGGCAGAGCUCAUAGACAAUGCAUCAGAUCCUGGUGUAUCCGCUCGACAGAUCUGGAUAGAUGUAGUCGAUGAAGCCGGUCACCUGUGUCUAACCUUCACCGAUAAUGGCAGCGGCAUGACCCCCAGCAAACUGCACAAGAUGCUCAGCUUUGGUUUUACAGAAAAGGGUUCAAGUAGAGCCAGUCAGCAGGCCAUCGGCGUGUACGGGAACGGUUUCAAGUCUGGCUCUAUGCGUUUGGGGCGUGACGCGCUUAUCUUCACCAAGAACGGCGGCUGCCUGUCUGUGGGAAUGCUGUCUCAGACCUACCUGGAAAACAUCAAGGCCCAGGCUGUCAUUGUCCCCAUUGUCCCCUUCAACCAACAGACCAAGUCUCUGGUGGUGACCGAGGACUCGGAGGCCAGCCUGGCAGCCAUCCUCAAACACUCCAUCAUCACCUCCCAGGAGCAGAUACAUACGCACUUUGACUCCAUCCUCUCCAAAAAAGGCACCAAGAUAUUAAUCUACAACAUUCGCAGGGCCAAAGAUGGCAAGCCAGAGAUCGACUUUGAUACCGAUGAGAGUGACUUCCGUUUGCCCGAGAUUCAGAGCGAGCAGCUGAAGAACGGUGGAUCCCUGAGAGACAAACAGAACACCCCCGACAUGCACUUCAGUCUCAGGGCCUACCUCAGUAUCUUGUAUCUGAAGCCGAGGACACAGAUUAUACUGAGGGGGAAGAAGAUUCUGGCCAAGCUGGUGUCGAAGAGGCUGAUACACAUCGAACAUGACGUGUACAAACCUCACUUCAGUAAAGAGAAGGUGAAGGUGACCUUUGGGCUGAACCUGAAAAACAAAGACUACUAUGGCAUCAUGAUGUACCACAGGAACCGACUCAUUAAAGCCUACGAGAAAGUGGGCUGCCAGCUGAAGGCUUCAGGUCAAAGGGCGGGAGUCGGGGUCAUCGGUAUCAUCGAGUGUAACUUUCUGAAACCUGCCCACAACAAGCAAGACUUUGAAUACACCAAAGAAUACAGACUCACCCUCGGUGCUUUGGGCCUAAAACUGAACGACUACUGGAAAGAGGUGAAAGAGAAGAAGGCCAGAGAGCGAGAGUUUGAGGCUGUAGACCGAGAUGAAAUCGCAGAUCAGGAGGGUCCCUUGUGGCUACAGUGUGAAGACUGCCUGAAGUGGCGAAAAGUCCCUGCAAGUCAUUACAGUGUGGAUCCUGAAAACUGGAACUGCAGCCAAAACCCCAAUCCACAUUACCAAAACUGCUCUUUGCCAGAGGAAGCAGAAGACGGCGAGGAGCUGUUAACACCCAGCUACCAGAAAAACCACAAGAAACAAGAGCAUCCGAAAAGCAGAAAACGAGAAGCAUCAUUGGAGCAGGUGUUUGAGUCCCAGGACCCGGCGGCUAAACAUCAAAUCCUCGCACGCAGUUCAUCCGAACCGACCCGGCCCACCUUCCAGUCCACACGCACAUCUGAUCGCAUAAGAACAGCAGAAGAGACGAGCCCAGAUCACACGGCCGAUCAUGAUACAGACAUAUAUGAUGAUGAUGAUGAUGAUGAUGCACAGACACAAAGUACAGUCACACCUCAGAAGCCCGCUGGAAGACGCACAGUCAUUAAAGACAAAACACAAGUCACACCUGUGAGAAAUGAGACAAAGCUGCAAGAUAAAGAGAGAGACACAAACAUGGAGCCGGUGGAACCAGAAGGAGACGGCACAGAGAGGUUAAGCCUCAGGAGGAAACCAGGAUCAUUAUUUUACUGUGUGAAAAAGAAGCAAAAGCCUGCCUCAGAAAAUGUGGCCAACGAGAUGCAUCCUGAGAAACAAAUCCUGAGAAUCAACAAAAUAUCCCUGGAGAAGAGCAAGCGGGAGAGUAGCAGCCGGGUAGAGAAACCAGGUGACGUGGUACAGCGACCUCUCACCAGCCUCACCUGGACCCACUCGCUCCCCUCCACCCAGACGGUGAUGGUGUCUCCUCUGAGUCGAACAGAAACGCCCCGGAGCAGACCGCCGCCUCCAGAAAGGAGUGACCUGGAAGAUAACGUGCAGAAGCUGGCUGCGUUGGAAAAAGAGGCCCAGGGGCUACGGAGGCUUCUGGGUCUGGAAAUCACAAAGAUGACUCAAGGCACCAUGACGACUGCUGAUAGCAGCGUUGAAGGCACCAUGACGACUGCUGAUAGCGGCAUUGAAGGCACCAUGACGACUGCUGAUAACAGCGUUGAAGGCACCAUGACGACUGCUGAUAGCGGCAUUGAAAAGCCAAAAGCGCGCAGAGAGGUCGGCUGCCAGACGGACGUGGCUGAGAGCUCUACGUCGUCCAGCAGCCCGAUCCUGGCUCCAGGACAUCAGGAGUCGGUGAUCCUGGAUCAGAGAGCUUUGUGUGGGCCAAUCGGGCAGCCUGAGCUGAACAUACCUAAGAAGAAGACAGAAACUGAGAGCAAGAUGGGAGUCAGUGACAGCGAGGCCUGUGAAGACAACAGAUCUUCACAGGAGAAUCUGAGUGGCAUCCGUAACAACGUGGUGGUGCUCCUCACGGCCCUGCUGCCCCAACUGGACCUGGCCGGCAUCAGCCUGGAGACCACCGACGUGGACAACAUCCUGCAGCAGAUCAUAGAGGUCAACUCACUGAAACUAUGAUCAGUACCGUUAUAACAUCCAGCAAGAUUAUGUUUUUCCUUUAUUCUUAUGCAAAGUUUGGGUUGGAAUUUAAAGUCUUCAGUGUUCAGAGUUGUAAUAAACACACACUGAUUAUCAAGCUUUUGUUGGCCGCACACACAUAUUGCUAGGUAGUGGCAGUUUUUUGUCACAUUGUUUUGAAUACUCGAAACAUUGUUGUGAGCCUCUCUUCCCCAUCGCUGUACAUGAGCCUUUUAAUUUGUAAUUCUCUCUUUAUUUAUAAAAAAAAAAGUUGUGAUGUAUUGCUAUUUUUUUGUUUUGCUUCUGUUUUUACUGACUAUUUAAAUGAGUUUUUAUACACACGUGGAGUCAUGCUUGAUUCUAGAUUUGUUCACACAUCCUUAAACCCCCUCAUCCAUAAACGAUGCUUUUCACUUUUGCAUUAAAAUACUGAAACCAA